UUUCAAUCAGUACUCGUCGAGGGCGCGUUGUUGUGAUUGGACAGUACACGUCAUAUUUUUUCAAAUUUUACGUAGUUUUUCACAUCGGCUGGUCAUAAACCAGUUUACGCACUGGGCAGAAGAAAGUGACGCCAGUGUAGCAUGCCAUGCUUGUGGGGGUUCGUAACCAAGCACAGCAGUAUGGAAAAAACAUGCUCUCUAUUGAAUUGAUUGUUCACGCGGUGUUGCCAUGUAAAGCAAACAUACGUCAAUGAGAUCUCGGGAUUUCAUUGUGUCAGCUUGCAUUUGCUCAUUGCAAAAAUGCAAAAUGCAUGACAAGAAUUCGACGAAGAGUCGGAUGCUAUAUCAACGAAACGUGUAUGUUCGCACUAUUCAGUGGCCUUGAGUGAGAACGGUGAUUCGGAGUUCAGCAAAGACGAUUUUUCAAUAAAAAUUUGUAGGUACCUUACGUGCAACUGACUAAUUCGAAUAAGACUGCAUCUGCGUGGAGUCCGAAAAGCGGACGAUGGCGCUGGUAUGCGCUCUGAGUAACGAGGCACCGGAGUGCCCCGUUGUAUCGCCGGUGUCUGGUUCAGUCUUUGAAAAACGGCUUAUCCUUAAGUACAUCUCUGAAAAUGGAUGUGAUCCAAUCACUCAGCAAGAGAUGAGCGCUGAGCAGCUGAUCGAAUUGAAGACACCUCCGCUCGUUAAACCAAGACCACCAACCCUCACUAGUAUUCCUGCCAUACUGAAAGCUCUGCAGGAUGAAUGGGACGCAGUAAUGUUGAAUAGCUUCUCGUUGCGACAGCAAUUGCACACAGCUCGACAGGAGUUGUCGCACGCCUUGUAUCAGCAUGACGCAGCCUGUCGCGUAAUUGCUCGUCUCACAAAGGAGGUCACGGCCGCUCGAGAGGCUUUGGCCACCCUCAAACCACAGGCUGCUGCUCAGCCACAGCAUAUACAGGAGGCACAGGAGAACAGCAAAAUUUCAGAAACGUCCAUUGCAGUACCUUCAGCUGCUGGCGCAGGAAAGGAUGAGGUGGUAGGAAUGGGGCCAGAAGUUAUCCAGAAAUUACAAGACCGUGCGACAGUGCUCACUGCAGAGCGUAAAAAGCGUGGCCGUAACGUGCCUGAAGAGUUGACAAAACUGGAAACUGUCAAAGCAUUCAGAACAAAGGAUACUCAGACGUCGCUCCAUUUAUCAUCGACGCCUGGGAUUCUCGCGCUUGACAUUAAUCCUAGGGACAGUUCGCGUCUGGUUACUGGAGGUAAUGAUAAACAUGCCGUUGUUUACAACAAGGAUUCGCAGCAGAUAGUCACAGUACUCAAGGGGCAUCAAAAGAAGGUAACGCACACGAUUUUCCAUCCUGAUGGCGAACAUGUGAUCACGGCUAGUCCAGAUACAGCCGUUCGUGUAUGGCAUCUCGGCACUUCGCAGACUAUCCAACUAAUCCGGCCUCACGAGGGACCCAUAUCAGGGUUGUCGCUUCAUGCCACAGGGGAUUAUGUGCUCACCACUGCUACGGAUGAUCACUGGGCCUUCAGUGAUAUACGCACUGGAAAGGUGCUGGCCAAGACCGCGGAUAACCAAGCCGUUGAUGCCCACUCACUCACAGCUGCGCAAUUCCAUCCUGACGGCUUGAUAUUUGGAACGGGAACAUCAGACUCACUUAUAAAGAUCUGGGACCUAAAGGAACGUCAAAACGUGGCGAACUUCCCCGGACAUUGGGGUCCAGUCACAGCUAUCGCCUUUUCGGAAAAUGGAUACUAUUUAGCCACGUCAGCAGAAGAUGCCACAGUGAAAAUCUGGGAUCUUCGAAAACUGAAAAACAUUAAAACGCUCCAACUAGAUGAUGGUUACGCCGUGAACGACCUCACGUUCGAUCAGAGCGGACAGUAUCUGGCUGUUGCGGGACAAGAUGUCCGCGUAUAUUUGAGCAAGCAGUGGGAGCUGAUCAAUGUCUUCCAGGAGCAUACAGCUGCCGCAACUGGUGUACGUUUCGGCGUGCAUGCCUCAUUUAUUGCAUCUGUCAGUCAGGACCGCUCUCUCAAAUUGUACACUACACCUUAAUAAUGGUCUCAAAAAUCUUUUCAUUUGCCAUCAUUUACUAAGAUGCACAAUGAACCAUAAUCAGUAACGUCCAAUAUUUGCUAGAUGUCCACUGCUCAGUGCUAUCAGAGUGAGUGGCAUAGUGAAUAGAUUUGUCCGCACCGUGAAUUAUGCUGAUAUCUAAUUAACUGAUUAUUCAGAUCAGCUGGUAGAUGAACGGUUGCAAGAAUUGAACUCUCUCCAAACCGAUAUAGGCGACAGGCAUCUGGAGUAGAUCCUUUAAUAGGCAAAAUGCUAUUUUGCCAUGAGGCGCUUUACAAUACACGGAGCGGAGUUUAAAGAAAUGUUGUUUCUUACACGAAAAUACAUAGUGUAUAAUUACGUACUAAUUGUGAGAAUUAACCGAAGGUAUGUCGGAGGUAUAGGUAAUAAAAAUCCAGAAUGAACAUUCUUGACAUUGUGAGGCGUUGAACAGAUAAUAACCGUAUUUGCUCGAAGAAAGAUGCAAAAAAUUAUUUCCCUAGUGUUUGUGUUAGAAAUACUAAUUAGAGGGUUAUGGUACGAAUUUCACCUGCCCUUAGCACCAUAUUUCUGUAUAAUAAUAAUAAUAAUAAUAUUGAUAAUACUAUUACUAAACAAUAAAUACAAUAAGCAUACUUCA